AUGGCGUCGACGUCGGAGGACGUCUUGCACCGGUGCGCGUGCGCGAGCACGGUGGCCGGGGCAAAGGCGCAGGGAGAGGCGAUAAUGCGAGCGACGACGCUCUCCUGGCAGCCGUUAGACGACGAUAACUUCACCGGAGCGAAAGUUGUGAGGUUACUCGCGGUGACGGCGCACCAGAGGAACAAGCCGGGAAGCGCCACGGCGAGCCUGAGGCUCGUGCCGGAAAACGACGCCAAGCGCGCGCUCGUGCUCGCGUUCUCAAGCGAGAGCGAUAGGGAUGCUUUGAGCGAUGCGAUCAAGAUGCAGAUAAAGAAGUUAGAGGAAGAGGCAAGGGGGGCGCCCACCGCGGCCGAGCUCGCGGCGCGGAAGGAGUUAUUAAAGAAGAACGUGGAGAUCGCGCAGCUGUACGAGGAGACGGUGAAGACGGGUGUGAUCAGCGAUGAGGAUUUUUGGGAGGCGCGGAGAAACUUGUUCACCGACGUAGUCGCUCGAAGGGCAACCGGUCAAAAGAUUGGCAUCGAAAACACCCUGGAUGGCGAUCUCAAGGGAGCGCGAGAUGGGAUGUCAGAUACAGUGACGUGCAACUUGACGAACGAGAAAAUGCACAGAAUCUUUGCAGAAAGGCCGUCGGUUCGUCAGGCAUUCUUGGACAACGUCCCGAAAAAGAUGACCGAGCGUGAAUUCUGGACGCGUUUCUUGCGUUCGGAGUACUUCAAGCAGAUGCGUGCUGGAGCACCGCCGCAGGGGGAAGAAGAGGCUGCUGACUUGGCUCUGUUCUCGCGAAAACCUCUCGAUGCGGACACGCGCAAGGCGCAAAUAAAAACGAUUACGCCCACACUGAACUUGAAAGCGGAAGAAGACGAGGCCUUAGGUGACGGAUACGGGUUGCUGCGGGACGGUUCGCGAGACACGCGACGACCAAAAGAGGCAGGCCCUUUGCCAGAAGUGUUCGCAGAACUCAACCAUCACGCAGCUGUAGUGCUCCGAGGGCAACCGCAGGCGAACAUAGUCGAUGCUAGAUCCGCUGCAAUUGCUGCUAGAGAUCACGAACAAAGCGCCGAGGGUGCAAAAAUAGGCGUCGAAGAACCGAAUUAUUUGAUCGACGAUCUUGUUGCUCCGCCACCGCCAGCCUCCAUGAAGGAGCUCAACAUUAGUGAUUCUCAUCAGUACUUUUCAUCGAUAGUGAAUGAUAUGGCGGCGAAAAGGACUUCGAAAUCUUCCAAAGCGGUCAUCGAACCGUUCAAAGCGGCCGUUACCUCGGCUUUAAACGCACUGACUCAUCCUGAAAAGAGGCACAAAUGCGCCAUGGAACCGGUGGUGGCGUCAGAGGUGUUGACAGAGGUCACCAAGUCACUCGCGAAAGUCGAAGACUUGAACGCACAAUUUGCAUCGCAUCAAAGCUUUAGCUCUGCUGAAGAUUCCGAGCCGAUUCCUUCGAGUGUCGAUGUGCAGUUGUCCCGAAGUGCGUUAACUGGCGGAGAGCUGUUGCGACAGUUCUGGAUGUCCACUCCUAUGGUGACAUCGGUGCGAUGGGAAAAGGCGACAAAAGUGAGCAAAUCGAUCGAAACGCUGUACGACACGCUUGAAAAGCUCAAAGGCUCGCUCGCUCCCGUCCACCGUCACAUCACUUCUCAGCGUCUGCGACCACUUCUCAGCGCUUUCGAUAGUGCGUUGACGUUUUACGAUGACGAAAAGACCCGAAGGCCGCAGGCGUUCGCAGACUUUGAGAAGGCACAGGCUCAAGUAGCCUAA